AUGGGGGACGAAGACCGGGUACCCACGUCCCCAAUAAAGCCGCGUCCCAGGCCCAGCGAGCAGUGGUUCUUCAGCGCGUGCCGAGAAUUGGGCGGCGGGAGGGGUCCGGAGCGCGGGAGAGGUCCGGAGGGCGGGCUGGAGGCCUCCCUCCCCACACCCCCACCCCGCUCCCGCCCAGGCCCGGGGCACUCCCGCGUCCCCUCCCCCGCGCCCAGCGCCGGUCCUACCGAAACUCGGCGGGCUCGUGGUGUCGAGACGCCCCCCCGCGGGGGCCCCGGGCCGAGAGGGAGGGCCCCGGAGGUCCGGGAAGAGGGGGAAAGGGAGAAAUUCGAGAAACAAGCCUCUCGGGGAGAACCAGACAAACCGGGUCCGGGCAUGGAGGGCGCAGUCGCCAGGGCGGGGCGGGGUCUGGGGCCCCGGGAAUUGGGGGCGGGCUCUCGGGCCGGAGAGGGUGCUCCGCCUCGGCAGCUCCGGACUCGUGGGGGGGGGCCCCCACCCCCCGCCCCGGCUCCUCAACACAAACUUUCCGUCCCGCUCGCUCCCUCCUCCGCGCCCGGCGCCUCCCGCUCCGGCCCGGCUCAUUCCGCACAUUCCGGCCAGCCCCCUCCCCAAGACCCCCCUUCCCCGGCCCCCCUCUCAGCUUUUUCGGGCCCGGCGGAGCGGCCCGGCCGGAGCGCCCCCCCCGAGCUCGGACCAGGCUCCGGCUGCCCAGUGGGCUCAGGCCCAGAGCCCAGAGCAACCAGCACAAUAGCGUCCAACAGCUGGAAUGCCAGCAGCAGCCCCGGGGAGGCCCGGGAGGAUGGGCCCGAGGGCCUGGACAAGGGGCUGGACAACGACGCCGAGGGUGUGUGGAGCCCCGACAUCGAGCAGAGCUUCCAGGAGGCCCUGGCCAUCUACCCGCCCUGCGGCCGCCGCAAGAUCAUUCUGUCAGACGAGGGCAAGAUGUACGGUCGAAAUGAGUUGAUUGCGCGCUACAUCAAACUGAGGACGGGGAAGACGCGGACGAGAAAACAGGUGUCCAGCCACAUACAGGUUCUAGCUCGGAAGAAGGUGCGGGAGUACCAGGUUGGCAUCAAGGCCAUGAACCUGGACCAGGUCUCCAAGGACAAAGCCCUCCAGAGCAUGGCAUCCAUGUCAUCCGCCCAGAUUGUCUCCGCCAGCGUCCUACAGAACAAGUUCAGCCCACCCUCCCCUCUGCCCCAGGCCGUCUUCUCCACUUCCUCACGGUUCUGGAGCAGCCCCCCUCUCCUGGGACAGCAGCCUGGACCCUCUCAGGACAUCAAGCCCUUUGCACAACCAGCCUACCCCAUCCAGCCGCCCCUGCCGCCAACGCUCAGCAGUUACGAGCCCCUGACCCCGCUCCCCCCAGCUGCUGCCUCUGUGCCCGUGUGGCAGGACCGCACCAUCGCUUCCUCCCGGCUGCGGCUCCUCGAGUAUUCUGCCUUCAUGGAGGUGCAGCGAGACCCCGACACGUACAGCAAACACCUAUUUGUGCACAUCGGCCAGACGAACCCUGCCUUUUCGGACCCGCCUCUGGAGGCCGUCGACGUGCGUCAGAUCUAUGACAAGUUCCCAGAGAAAAAAGGGGGACUGAAGGAACUCUAUGAGAAGGGGCCCCCUAAUGCCUUCUUCCUUGUCAAGUUCUGGGCCGACCUCAACAGCACCAUCCAGGAGGGCCCGGGAGCCUUCUACGGGGUCAGCUCCCAGUAUAGCUCGGCCGAUAGCAUGACCAUCAGCGUCUCCACCAAGGUGUGCUCCUUUGGCAAGCAAGUGGUGGAGAAGGUGGAGACGGAGUAUGCCAGGCUGGAGAACGGGCGCUUCGUGUACCGCAUCCACCGCUCCCCCAUGUGCGAGUACAUGAUCAAUUUCAUCCACAAGCUGAAGCACCUGCCGGAGAAGUACAUGAUGAACAGCGUCCUGGAGAACUUCACCAUCCUGCAGGUGGUCACGAGCCGGGACUCCCAGGAGACCCUGCUUGUCAUUGCUUUCGUCUUCGAAGUCUCCACCAGCGAGCACGGGGCCCAGCACCACGUCUACAAACUCGUCAAAGACUAGGCUACCCUCUGCCCCCACCACCAGGAUCCAGGACGAGCGUCUGUUCCACACACCUGCCUGGCCCCCCCUGGAAGUCUGGGAUUGAGGACUCACCCGCCUGCCAGGCCUCAGGCCCAGGACCCAGGAGGCCUCCCCACCUACCCCCAGCACACACACUCCCUGCCACUGUUCUGCGCUUUAAUUGUGGGAGAAGAGAGGAGGGCUCAGUGGUGGGGCAGCCCACCCUAGAUGCUGAACCAUCGCCCAGCUCUGCCCAGCCUCCGGUGAAUGGGAGGACCCCUUUGGGCUCAGGCACGUGUGGCCGGCAGGGGAGGGUGGAACGGAGACCGAGGGAGUCAGAGUGCAGAGGCCCCAGGAAGGAGAGUGUCGAGUUGGAGUUAGGUUGAGAAGAGAGAGGGGCCCAUACUUUCUUGCACCUGCUAUGUGCCGGGCCCGGUGCUAGGUCCUAUGUGUACCCAGUGCCGUUCUCAGACCGCGUGAGGCGAGCACGGGUCGUGGGUCUUGGCGUCUCAUGAUGUGCUGAGACUUGAAGUUGAGCGACCCUUGCAGGGUGGGGCAGAGUUGGAAUUCUCAUCCAGGGCUGCCUGUCCCCAGAGCCCAGGUUUACACUACCUCCCUGGAGGGAAUGGGAAAGAGGGUCUGUACUAGGGGCUGGGGCCAUCCACGUUGGGAGCCUCCUCCCAGGGGAGCAGCUGCUUCUGACCAGGCAGGAAGAGAGGAGCAGCAGGUACUUGGCACCUGUUAGGUGCCCUCUGUCAGCCCCUGUGCUGACCUCCUCCAACCUGCCCUGGCCCAGAUCCAGUGCCUGAGCCCGUCAGCAGCUUCCUGAUGGGAGAAGGCCCCCAGGGGCAGACUCCAAAAUAGCUUGGAGCGUCCUGUAGAAAGAUGGAGCCCCAGCCUCAGGGCAGACCAGUGUUCCAGGGACAAGGGGUAGCAGAAAGUCUUUGCUAUUUUUUAAUGCCCAAGACUUGGGUUUGGUCAACCCUUGGUGGGCGCCACUCCCUUAUGUUUUUCUCCAUCUCAGUCUCCCAGGACUCGGACAGCAGCUUCCCAGAAUCAGUUCUGGGACUGAAGGUUAACCCUUCCCCUGCUGGCCCUUCCCAACACCCAGGCCCCUCUGCCAGCUUGGCCUACCAGCCACCUCUGGGCAUUCACGAGUUUCGUAUGAAGUACUGUGCCCCUUCCCUUCCUUACACCACCCGCCCCUGAGCUUCCUGAAGGUCCUCACAAUUUGCAUAUCGCUCAGGCCACUUCCAAACCCAACCUAGGUUUUAUAAUGUAUAUUAUAUUUUUUGUGUAUUUUUUAAAUCCAGCUGUGAUGGGUUAUAUCAUAAACGUGGCGUGCGGCUGGGGCAGGGGCCCUCAAGGCCCAGCUCCUGCUCAAAAAAAAAAAAAAAAAAAAAAAAAAAUUAAAGUUAUUUGUUUGUG